UCAAGGCCGGAUUUAGGAUCGAAACGUCACAAAGAUGGCGACUGUAGAGAAUUACUGGGCGAAGAAUUUUGAUGAAAGAAGUAAGAAUGAAGAAGAAGAAGAACUGUUGGUCUUUGGAUAUAGUUGUAAACUGUUUCGUGACGAUGAAAAAGCACUUUAUAUAGACCAAGGGAGGCAUUUAAUCCCUUGGAUGAACGACGACAGCUUGAUGAUUGACAGAUAUGAUGUCCGUGGCUAUCUUCAUGAUCUAACUCUCUAUGAACCAAAAGCUGAUAGCAAUCCUACGGCUGGCUUUACUCCCGAAGAAAAGAGGAUUGAACAAAUUUGUGAUGAAGAAAGAUAUUUGGCUCUACGAAAAGAUUUGACAGAAGAGCAGAUGUAUCAUGAGGAAGAAUUGAAAAGAUUAAAGGCAGCUUUAGCAUCUGAUGGCGCUUAUCAUGAAAUUGGUUUUACUUAUGAAAAUGAGGCUGAGAAUACCCAAUCAUCUACUUCUUCAGAAGAAAUUAAAGAAGAAGCAGAUGAACAAUAUGUAGUUCCUCAAGGACUUACCCUGCCUAAUGGCAUUCAAUUGCCUCCUACAAUGAAAUUGCAUACUAUAAUUGAAAAAACAGCUUUGUUUGUAGCUCAACAUGGUGGCCAAAUGGAAAUUAUCAUUAAAAUGAAACAAUCUUCCAAUCCACAAUUUGAUUUUCUUUCAUUUGAUCAUGCAUUAAAUCCUUACUACAAACAUCUAGUCAGUAGCAUCAAAUCUGGAAAAUAUGUUCCACUUAAGGCUCCAGUAAAAGAUGAUGAUGAUGAUGAUGACGAUCCUGAUGGCCAUUAUUUACAUCCUAGUUUGUUUGCUGCAAAAUCUGAUAACACUCCAAUGUCUUUACCUAAUAUUCAGUUUCGUUGUGAUGAAAAUGAUGCCUAUUCACUUUUGGUAAAAAAUUUAAAAAACAAGUUAUCAGAACCAAAAAGUAGUACAGCAUCACCUCUUAGAUCAGCUCCUCCAACUGAACCUGCUAGAAUAUUUCCUUCACAACCUAAUUUAGAACCAUUUGGUAUGCAUCGUCUAAGUUCAGAAUCAUCUGAUCAACCUCCACCACCAGGAGAAGGUCCUGCAUUAUUAUUACCUACAACUCAAGGUUCUGUAACAAAUAGUCCUUUUGGAAUGUUGGAUCCCUCUUCACACAUUAUUCCACCUCCACCUGAUGUUCAACCUAUUAUUGAUAAAAUGGCAACUUAUGUAGCAAAAAAUGGUGAUGAUUUUGAAACUAUUGUAAAAAGCAAAGGAGAUAAACGUUUUGAAUUUCUUUUACCAUGGCAUGAAUAUCAUUCAUAUUAUUUGUUUAAAAAACAUAUAUAUUCUGAACAAAAAAAGCGUGAGAAUCUUUCACAGCAGCAGAUUAUAGAAAGUGCAAAUAUCAGUGAUCAAGACAGUAGUAAGGAUGGCCAUGAUGAUGAUUCAAAAAAAUCAAAAAAUAAAGUUGCAACUCCAGUAAGCUUCUCAAUAAAGGCAAAAGAUAUGGAUACACUUCAUUUAGAGAAGAAGAAAACUAUUUUGUUACUGGAUGAUGAUUCUGGAGAAGAGCAUGAAGAUAAGCAAAAUUCAGAUAGUAAAAAAACUGAAAGUGAAGAGAUCAUUCAAUCAGCAAACCCAGUUAUUUCUCCCAAUGAAAUUGCAAUCACAGUAGAAAAUGAAGAGAAACCAAGAAAAUUAACUCAAGAAGAAUUAGAAGCCAAAUUAGCUGAAGAAAAAUUGAAAGAUAAAUUAGCUGCUGCUGCACGAGAAAAAUUAGCUCAACAAUCUCGAGAUAGGCAACUUCAGUUAGAGCGAAAAAGGAAAGCUGCCUUAUUUCUUAAUAAAUUAAAGGAUUCGGGUCCAGUAGAUGAAACUGCAGUUCAAUCUGAAAGUAAUGCUACUGAUAGUAAUGAUAAAUCCAAGCAGUCUCCAGUGUCUUCACUAGUAGCAUCUCCAUCUGAUACACAUGAUUUACGGAGUCCAUUUUUAUCUUUGCCUUCAUCGCCACUUCCAACAUCUAAUGAGAAUGAUUUCAAAAGUUCAUCAGGAAGUAGACAUGGAGAUAGUGAGAGACUUGCCAGGUUUCUUGCAGAAUCUGGUUCGUUAUCAAUCCAAAAAAUGAAAUCAAGAUCAAGAAGACGAUCUCCAUCUCCUAGAUCUCACCAUAAGCAUCAUUACUCACCUUCUCGAGGUAGUUCAAAAUCCAAAAAGAGAUCUAGGUCUAAAUCUAGAUCUGAUCAUAAGAAAAGAUCUCGUUCACGAUCAAAAUCCAGAAGUCAUAAGAAACGUCAUAAGUCAUCGUCAAAAUCACCAUCAAAGUCAAAGGAUGAUAGAUCCAAAACACCACCUGCUGCAUAUUCUUUAAUCAGAAGGUCAAAGACACGUUCUCCAUCACCUCGAAGAUAUCGAUACGGCUUUCCAAUGAAACAUAAAUCACGAAGAAAAUAAUUUUACAGAAUUUGAAAAGCACAUUUUUUGAUUUCAUAUUUCUUUUUGUCUUUUGUAUACAUAUAGUUACUGUUUCUAGACAUUCUUGUAAAUAAAUCAUCAAAUAGUUUAUAGAAAUCAAGAUUGAUUUUUAUUGUGAAGUCUGAACAAUUUUGUAGUUUUCUAAAUUAUAAAUAAUAAUUUCUCAAA